GGCACCUUUCCACCCCUUAUUGGCCCCUCUAUCCUCUCGGUACCCAGACUGCUUAUUUUGAACGAAGAUGCCAGAAGUACCAGGCAAAUCCACCAUCCUCGUCACCGGCGCGAACGGCUACAUCGGUGUAUGGACCGUUCGAAUCUUGCUCGAGCGCGGCUACUCCGUCCGUGCCGCGGUUCGCUCUGAGCAGCGCGGCCAGCAUCUGCUGAGCUACUUUAGCACGUAUGGCGACCGGCUGAAGCUCGCGAUCGUACCAGAUAUCAUGAAGGAUGGCGCGUUUGACGAGGCUGUGAAGGGCAUUGAAGGGAUCGUGCACACGGCGUCGCCUGCGGUUGCGAUCACUGGUCAUCCUGAUGAGAUCAUUACACCGGCUGUUGGAGGCGUGACUGGGAUCAUGCAUAGCGCACUGAAGCAUGGCACAUCUUUGAAGCGCAUUGUGAUAACAUCAUCCAUGGCUGCCGUCAUGUAUCAUUGCGACGACUCUGUCACAUACACUGAGAAAGACUGGAACGAGAGUGCCGUGACCGAAUGCGAGCAAAAGGCGGAGAACGCAACUCCGAUGGCGAAAUACUGUGCAUCGAAAGUGAAGGCCGAGCGAGCGGCAUGGGACUUUGUCGAAAAACACAAAAGCGAGAUAGGCUGGGACAUCACCGUCCUCAACCCGCCUUGGGUGUACGGCCCAUCCAUCCAGGAGGCCGACAAGCCCAGUGCGCUCAACUCCUCCGCGAAAUAUUGGUUCGAUGCAAUAGUCAAAGGAGAGAUCGUAGCACUCGGCUCGACCGAUCCGCUCGUCGCCCCCGGAGGCGGCUGGGUCGACGUGCGAGAUUGCGCAGAGGCGCACGUCCGUGCGCUCGAGAGGCCCGCUGCGGGAGGGAAGCGCAUCAUCGUUUCUGCGGGUUCGCCUCACGUCUGGCAGGACUUCUUUGAUACGGCAAAUAGUUUGACGCCGCAGCCAUACCAAGGCAGUCUGGCCAAAGGGGUGCCUGGAGGGGUCAAGAAGGGGAAGAACACGAUAGACUCUAGGACGGCGCACGAGUUCCUCGGCAUAGAAUGGAGGACCAUGGAACAAUUGACACGAGACACUUUGGAGGAUUUCCAAAGGAAGGGCUCGGAGUGGGUAGUCAAGGUUGGAGAGUAGGGAGUGGAUUCAACCUCGUUAGCAUCUCCAGAUACGCGCGCC